CCUGCAAGGGGCGGCUAAAGAACGCUCAGAGCCUCCGCUACGGGACGGGGAACGGCCGCUCGUCUGCCCGCGGGGCGAAGGGCCGCGUCCGGUCCGCGGGGAGGAGCUGCCAGCCCGGCCAUGGGGCAGCCGCGGUCCGGCCGGGAGCGCUGCUCCUGCAGCAACACCAACUGCGUGGAGCGGCCCCUGACGCGGCUCUUCGAAGCGCUGGGGCGCGUCGUGGCCGCCCGGCCCUGGCCCUUCGUGCUGCUGCCGCUGCUGCUGUCGGCCGGGCUGGGCGCCGGCUUCUACUUCCUGCCGGACCUGCAGACGAACGACAUCGAGGGCCAGUUCACGCCGACCGGCGGGCCCGCCAAGGCCGAGCGGGACUCGGUGCGGCGGCACUUCCCCACCGACGACUCGCAGCGCUUCUCCGCCGAGCGGCUGCCCACGGAGGGCGCCUACGCCGCGCUCAUCGCCGUGGCGGCGGGGGACGCCUCGGUGCUCGACGUGCCGGCGCGGAACGAAGUGCUGCGGCUGGACAACUUGACGCGCCACCUCGGCUACGAGCGGCUCUGCGCCCGCAGCGGCGGCGCUUGCGUCCUCGCCAACCCGCUGCUGCCGAUGCUGGACAACGGCAGCGCCCUGUCCGAGCUGCGCUUCCCCGGCAGCGGCGCCGCCUUCCUGGGCACGGCGCUGGGCGGCGUGCGGACGGACGGCGGCGGGCGCGUGGAGCGGGCGCGGGCCCUGAAGCUGAUGUAUUACCUGCGGGAGGACGGCGGCCAGGCGGGCGACAGCCGGGCGUGGCUGGAGACGUUCGUGCGGGACUUCCCGGCCGAGCUGCGGGAGCUGAACCUCACGGCCGUCGAGGUGACGUACUUCACCUCGCUGUCCAGACAAGAGGAGUUUGAAGGGAACACCAAGAGCGUCAUCCCGCUCUUCUCCAUCACCUACUUCUUGACCAUCACCUUCUCGGUCGUCUCUUGCCUGAGGCUGAAUUGUGUAAGAAAUAACAUCUGGCUUGCAUGCUGUGGAGUGCUUUCCUCCGGUUUAGCUGUAUUAAGCAGCUUUGGAUUGAUGAUGUAUUGUGGAGUUCCGUUUGUGGCAACUGUAGCAAAUGCUCCAUUUCUUAUUCUUGGAGUCGGUGUGGAUGACAUGUUUAUCAUGAUCUCUUCCUGGGAACAGAGCUCAAGCAAGGCAGACAAAACAGACACUAAAUCUCGGCUGGCCGAGACUUACAGCGAAGCAGCGCUUUCUGUGACAAUCACCACUCUCACAGAUGUCUUGUCCUUCUUCAUUGGCACCUGGACUGCUUUUCCUUCUGUGAGGUCAUUCUGCCUCUACACCGGCACUGCCUUUGUCUUCUGCUAUGUCUAUGUUAUUACCUUCUUUGGGGCAAUUAUCGUGUUAGAUCAUAGAAGAGUGAAAGGAAACCGACACUGGUUAACUUGUAUGCAAGUGAAAGUAGGAAAGAAGUCCUGCUUGUAUAACGCAUGUUGUUUAGGCAGCUGUUCCAGUGAGCCGCCUGAGCCAGAAACCAGCGAGGCAGAAAGCGAGCAUCCAAUGAGCGUAUUCUUCAAAAAGUAUUACGGUCCUUUCUUGACAGGUAAAUGGAUCAAGCUUCUUGUGGUGUUGCUGUAUGGAGCAUAUUUGGGUGGCAGUAUUUAUGGAUGCACCCAGAUGAAGGAGGGCAUAGAUCUUCGAAACCUGGCUAGCGAUGACUCUUACGUUAUUGCAUACUAUGACGACGAUGACAAAUACUUCUCAGAAUACGGACCCAGGGUCAUGGUUGUCGUUACUGACAGCGUGAAUUACUGGGAUGAGUCCGUUCGUAAUGACAUUGAGGCUUGCAUGCGGGAUUUAGAGGACAUUGCCUACAUAGACAGGAACCUCUCACUGUCGUGGCUGCGAGUGUACACCGGAAUUGCUGAAAAUGGUUCAAUAAAUAUAAACAAUAAGGAUAAUUUCAUUAAUAAUUUAUCUGUACUAUUCCAGUCCUCUCCCAGUUUUGAGUGGGACAUUGACAAGACUGCAGAAGGAAUUGCAGCUUCUCGUUUCUUCAUCCAGACAGUGAAUGUCACCUCAGCCGUUGACGAAAAAAAUCUGUUACAUCAGUUAAGAGACAGAGCCGAGCAGUGCGUAGUUCCACUCAUGGUGUACCAUCCAGCAUUCAUCUACUACGACCAGUACCUGGUAAUAGUGCAGAACACCAUUCAGAAUGUUGCCAUCGCUGCUGGGGCGAUGCUCAUUGUCUCUCUUGUGCUUAUUCCCAGCCCACUGUGUUGCUUGUGGGUGACUUUUGCUAUAGCUUCCGUUAUCGUUGGCGUUUCUGGUUUCAUGGCAUUUUGGGACAUCAGCCUCGACUCCAUAUCCAUGAUUAACCUGGUCAUUUGCAUUGGAUUUUCGGUAGAUUUUUCUGCACAUAUUUCCUAUGCCUUUGUUACGAGUGAAGAGUCAUCGGCCAAUGCAAAGGCAAUAGGAGCUCUGCACCAGCUGGGUUACCCAGUGUUACAAGGAGCAGUAUCCACUGUGCUAGGAGUAGUUGUCCUGGCCGCAGCAAAAACCUACAUCUUCAGAACAUUUUUUAAGAUCAUGUUUCUUGUUAUUUUGUUUGGGGCUCUUCACGGUCUGGUGUUUAUUCCAGUAUUUCUGACCUUUUUUGGAUACUUUGGAAAAUCACCAUCUGUUGGACACACUAGGUUCAGAGAUAAUAAAGACUGCCCAUAACUUAAAUGUACAAUGUAACUUAUUUAUUUUGUGUAGAGUAAAAUGCAGUGACUUCCGGUGAGUUUAAGAAAUGAAGGAUAGGAAAGAUGGGAUAAUAAGUAUAUCAGAGAGGCAAAGACUCAAGAAAAGCCAGGCAUUAAGUAACAGAAGAAGUGAAAAUGCACAGAAUGGAUUUAUAUUUUGUCACUUCUUUUGUGCUUGACUUUUUUUUACCCUUUUUGGUGUUAGAACGUUUUUCUAAGUUAGUUACUGCAACACUCAAACCUGAAGAGAAAAUGAUGAACAUUUUACAUUCAGCUGCAUCUUUUUUUAGUGUGCUGUUCUAUUCCUAAGUGCAACAAACAUGCUUUAAGAAGAUUAAUGAGUUUACAAAAGGAUAUGCUGUAGAUGGCUGGCCUUACGUGGACCUCCUGAGUAACCAUUGCAGUAGAUAGCGUGCCAUGGCAUGGCACAGGAAGGACAGUCCAGAACCAUGAAGAAAUUAAAUUCUUGUGUUGCUACAGGGAUUCUGUGAAUUCCAGGCCUGCCAAAGUAAUUAUCUAUGAGAUUUCUGUGCAGUUUUGCUGAGGGCAGCUCAGCAGAAUAUAUUUACCAGUACCAGCCCUGCCAGACCAGCCGAGCAGCCCAUGCCACCUUCACUGCUGCUGGUUUCAGUAACACAGGGAAGCUGGUGUCCUGGAGAAUGGAGAGAGAACAUCUAGAGGAAUAAGGAAAGCAUCACAGGUGGAAGGGAGACGUGCAAGGCUGAGCAGGUCAUCUUAUGCUCUUUUCAUUUCCAGUGGAGAAAAGCAAGACUUGUAGUUUCAAGUCCUGUGCCUGUUUCUGUGCAUAGACUUCACUUGUGGUUCAUUGCCUCAAAAGUUCCUCUCUUAAUUGACAGGGAAGGAGCUCUUAAACCUGGUUUAGAUGUAGAUACCUCUGUUCUUAGUCAAAGGAACACACCAGGCCCAGACAAAAUGUAUGGAUGAAAUCCAGGUUUAAGUCCAUCGUUUCAGCAGAUUUCAUGUAUGCCUGGAUAUAUGCUCUGCCUUCUUGCCAGAUGCUCAGUCACUGUUUCAAGCCAUGACUUAGCAUUUCCACUACAACCUCCCAGGUUUCACAUUCACAUCUCCAGCUCCUGAAGAGUUCUCUGGAGUUGCUUUAUAUCGCCACAAGGAGACAAGGAAGCAGUGGGAAAGGAGAGGAGGGGAGGGCAGUCAGGCUUUGGCCCUGAAACAUGUAACCCAACUAAAACCAAAGAGCUGCUGGCUCCAGUCACAUUCUGGGCUGAGGUAGCCAUAGUGCAAAAACGCCUUUCCCAGUCUGCCCUGUGAUAAUUCUAAAGGUUUUGGACUUCUUUUUCACUUGUGACCACACACUGAGCUAAGAACGAACCUCUUUGUAAUAAACCUGCAUAAAUAAAUAUGGGGUUUUCUGCU